CGCCUGCGUGCCGAGUUAGCAUCCUGGCGCUUGUUCGAUCGUCGCGCGCAGAUGGCUUUCAUGCAAUUAGACAAAGACUUGGGAGAGAUCCAGACUCGGAUUCUAGACCUUUGUUGUGGGCCAAUUUGAUGGCUGAGGUCUUGGAUACUCUGGAUCCUGUUUCUGCGAUGCGAGUACUUAAAAAGAGUCAUUUGUUCGCCGGGCUUGGGUGCUUGAAAGAAAGAUAUCAGAGACUGACUCCCUUUCAAACAACCCCAAAUUACUCCGAUAGCAUCUUUCCUUUGUCAGGUUCCUUCUGCGUAUUAUCACGGUAUACAUUCUCUUAUUAGCUUCCUCUGCUGGCAGAGCUGGAUCUCUAACAACCACAACGAAUCUCCAUCAUAUCACUCCUUGAUAUCCAGAUCCGUCUACAAGAGCCCGAAGAAAUCCCACCAACAUGCCCAAAUAUGGAGCUCUCGGCGCGACCUUCCUCCUCGCCCGCAUCAUCCAAGCCUGCUCCCUAAUUGCCAUCAUCGGCCUCACAGCAAACUUCAUUGCCGAAAUUGUGAGGUACGAUGCGACUCCCCCGGGGGUCUUCAUUGGAACCAUCACCGUGACCUGCAUUGCCGUCAUGUACUGCAUUAUUUCCACCAUCCUCUUCCUCGACGACAUUCUCCCGUUCCUGGCAUGCGGCGUGAUGGACGCCCUCAUCCUCAUCGCCGUCAUUGUCGUGGCCGUCACAAUCGGCAAACCGCUCUCGUACCUGCAGUGCAACGAGAUCGGGACGGGAGUGGGCGACGACUCCUCCUCCUCCUCCUCCUCGGCGUAUACAUUUGCAACGCAUCUGAGUAGCUACUUAGGCCAUUUGACCGGAGUAGUCGACUACCAGAGCUGGGUUGGCACUUCUGAGCCCGUGUGUUUAGAGGCGAAGUCGAUCUGGGGGUUGAGUAUUGCCAUGUGUAUUAUGUUCUUCUUUACAGCCAUCGGCUGUGCUUGUCUCUGGCACCAGAAGAAGGCUGUUGUGGACGGGAAGGGCGAGGAGUAAUGACUAACUUAAUCGCCGGCUGGGUUUCAUGAUAUAUAUAUUACAAUGAUCUGAUGGAUGGAUGGAUGGAUUGGAUUGUAUUGCAUUGGGAUUUCUCUUCCUCAAGUUGUUUCUUGUUUCUUGUUGGUUUCGUUGUUGUUGUUCGUGUUUGUUGUUAUAUAUAUCUGCCUUAAUGCUCUCUCUCUCUCUCUCUGAUUUGUCCAUAAUAAUCUAUGUAUAAGAAAGAAAUAAAAACAACAUCUUUAAUCACCAGACACGCUCAGAAGAAAAACAUAUUCAGCCCGAACUAACCGGCGGAAUAAUCGCCACUUCGUCU